CGCACCUGGCGCACACUAUACAUUUCUUCGAUCAACUCUACUCAUCACGAUCACCCAUUCUCUCUCAUUGACGCUCUGUCACUCUGCGUUGAUUACAAGUCCACUCUUCUUGUCUCUUUCUCUCUCUAAAUCUCUCUCUCUCUCUCUCUCUCUCUCUCUGUGCUUCAUCUUCUUCUAAGCUCUUCGUGUUGAAGUUUCUAGGGUUUUGAACUGAGAUCUGUUAGGGUUUUGAGAAGAUGGCUACCAUGGAGAGCUUGAUCGGUUUGGUGAAUCGCAUCCAGAGGGCUUGUACUGCUCUCGGAGACCACGGUGGUGGCGACACCUCGUCUUUGAUCAACAUUAGCGCUCUUCCCUCUGUCGCCGUCGUUGGUGGCCAGAGUUCUGGAAAAUCUUCAGUAUUGGAGAGCAUAGUUGGAAGAGAUUUCCUUCCUCGAGGAUCUGGGAUUGUCACAAGGCGGCCAUUGGUGUUGCAACUGUACAAGAUAGAUGACGGACAGCAGGAUUAUGCUGAGUUUUCUCAUCUUCCUCGAAGGAAAUUCAGUGAUUUUGCCAUGGUUCGCAAGGAAAUUCAGGAUGAAACUGAUAGGGUGACAGGAAAGUCGAAACAGAUUUCUCCUGUUCCGAUUCAUCUUAGUAUAUACUCUCCAAAUGUUGUCAACUUGACCUUAAUUGAUUUGCCUGGUCUGACAAAAGUUGCUGUUGAGGGACAGCCUGAAAGCAUUGUUCAAGACAUUGAAAACAUGGUGCGAUCUUAUGUUGAAAAGCCUAACUCCAUCAUAUUGGCAAUAUCUCCGGCCAAUCAAGACAUAGCAACAUCGGAUGCUAUCAAACUUGCAAGGGAGGUGGAUCCCUCUGGUGAUCGAACAUUUGGUGUUUUGACAAAGUUAGAUCUGAUGGAUAAAGGAACUAAUGCAUUAGAGGUUCUUGAAGGGAGAUCCUAUCGUCUGCAACACCCCUGGGUGGGAAUUGUGAAUCGUUCCCAAGCUGAUAUAAAUAAAAAUAUUGACAUGGUUGUUGCAAGGCGGAAGGAGCGUGAAUACUUUGCUACAAGUCCCGACUAUGGACACUUGGCAAAUAAAAUGGGUUCAGAGUAUCUUGCAAAACUUCUCUCCAAGCACUUGGAGUCUGUAAUUAGGGCAAGAAUACCAAGUAUCACAUCAUUGAUUAACAAAAGCAUUGAUGAACUUGAAUCUGAGUUGGACCACCUCGGUAGGCCUAUUGCUGUUGAUGCAGGGGCUCAACUGUACACAAUCUUGGAACUUUGCCGCGCUUUUGACCGUAUAUUUAAGGAGCAUCUAGAAGGAGGUCGACCUGGAGGUGAUCGGAUUUAUGGAGUAUUUGACAACCAGCUUCCCGCUGCUUUAAGGAAGCUUCCAUUAGAUCGGCAUCUUUCUCUGCAAAAUGUGAGGAAAAUAGUUUCAGAGGCAGAUGGUUACCAACCACACUUGAUUGCACCUGAGCAAGGUUAUCGACGACUGAUUGAUGGGGCAUUAAAUUAUUUUAGGGGCCCUGCUGAAGCUUCAGUUGAUGCUGUUCACUUUGUCUUGAAGGAACUUGUUAGAAAGUCAAUUGGAGAAACUAAGGAAUUGAGGCGGUUUCCUACUCUGCAAGCUGAAAUUGCUGCUGCUGCUGGUGAAGCCUUGGAAAGGUUUCGGGAUGACAGUAAGAAGACCGUUAUAAGGUUGGUGGAUAUGGAGUCUUCAUACCUGACAGUAGAUUUCUUCCGGAAACUACCUCAGGAGGUAGAGAAAGCAGGAAACCCAGCUGCUGCUGCCUCAACUGUGGAUCGCUACGCUGAGGGUCACUUUAGGAGGAUAGGGUCGACUGUGUCUUCUUAUGUGGCCAUGGUGUGUGAGACACUGAAGAACACCAUUCCCAAGGCGGUUGUUUAUUGUCAGGUUAAGGAGGCCAAGCAGUCAUUGCUCAACCACUUCUACACGCAAAUUGGCAAGAAAGAGGCUAAACAGCUUGCACAAUUGUUAGAUGAAGAUCCAGCAUUGAUGGAGAGGAGGCAAGAAUGUGCAAAAAGGCUUGAAUUGUACAAGUCCGCAAGGGAUGAGAUUGAUUCUGUAUCAUGGGCUCGAUGAGAUUGACUGUGAAUAUUCAGAGAUGCUCUGUAUCACGAUAUCAACUAAUUCAAGAAUUUUGUUGAUUGUUGAAUUAUUGGACGGCUGAGAUUCUUUUGUUUAAUUUCUUCUUCAUGCUGGUGGGGAUUUUUGGAUUGUGCUGGUUUGCUAUGUUUUGUAAAUCUGUAAAAUUUUUUGCUUCCCAUAUACAAGUAUGUUAUGAUUAGAGUUGAACUUGCGUUUGGAUUGAAGGUUUGAGAAACAAUUCUAAUUACACA